AUGCCCCUUGAUUUUAGAAGAUUUAAUGGCCCAGAAGAUAGUGUAUCCUAUACACGAUUUACGCAGGAUUUCUUAAAAUCUUACGAUGAACUUCAUAAUGAAUUAAUUAAUAAGAGUAAUCUACGAAAAGAUGGGCGCGCACUGGAUGAGGCACGAAGCAUGUUUGCCAGAACCGAUAUGAUUUCCCAAGCGAAAGGAUCAGCGUAUGUAGAACUUAAGAAAACGAAAGUCGUUUGUUCGGUUUUCGAUCCUAGAGAAAUACCUCAUCAAAAUGAGUUCAGUCAACUCGGGCAAAUAUUUUGCGAGGUAAAGUUCGCGCCAUUUUCCUGCUCGCGUCAACGACGGCCAGCUGCUCCCGAUGCUGAAGAUAAAUCUUUAUCUGUAGCAUUGAGACAAGCAUUAGAGCCCGCAGUCUGCAGGCAUUUAUUCCCAAAUUAUCAGAUUGAUGUCUUUGUGUAUAUUAUUGAGCAUGAUGGAGCAUGCUUGGCAGCUGCUAUAAAUGCUGCGGGAUUAGCCCUAGCUGAUGCUGCUGUUCCAAUGUAUGAUAUAAUUACUGCAAGUUCAAUUGCCAUUAUUGGUGACAAAAUGUUUGUGGACCCAACUGAAGAAGAAGAGCAUGUAGCAAUGAUAAGUCCAGAUUCGGAGAAUGUGAAUCAUGGUAUCAUAACAAUGUCUAUGCUAUCAGAAUUAAAACAAGUUUCAGAUUUUAUACAAAUAGGCUCUAUGGAUACAGACUGUGUCAUAAAAGCAAUGGAUAUUCUUGAAAAAGAAUGUGCUAAACUUAUCCCAAACAUUCAACAAGUGCUUGUUAUGAAUGUAGUACAAAAUAUAGAACAACAGAAGAAGCUUGAGGAAGAGGCAAAAGAAAGAGAAGCAGCUCUUAAUGCAAAAUUAGAGGAAUGGAAAACAUUAUUAAAUGCUGGAUGA